AUGUCCGAAUCAUUUUAUACCUCUUCGCCUGGCGCAGGGAUCCCCCCCAGCGCCACGCAAACCUCACCACCACCGCCAACAUCACCUACGACCACGGGGGCGGCACCACCACCUCCACCACCCAAACCCAUUUCGCAUAUCUCACAGAGCGCAAACCCCAGUCGAUCUGGCACACCGAUUCUGUCGUCAACACCUACAACAGUUGCUGCACAAGUAGCUGAAGUGACGAACUCGCCUCGGCCCCAACCACCUCUCCCAACGACACAGUCAUCAACCUCAAGGCCGACGCCACCUACCCUACCGCAACAAUCACAUACUCCCAUUCCGCCUCCAUCCCUCUCCGACCGCUGGAUCCCACCUCAGCUUCAGGACAAGCCGAUUAGCGAGCUCCAUCCACUUGUCAACAAUCCUUCUCUCAUUGCCUCGUUGGCGUCAACGCAUCCAUCAUACGCAUCUUCUCUCGCCCCGCUCCAGGAUGCAAUUCAAGCCAACAUCCAACUUGCGCAGCAAGUCACUCAACUUGAGAGCCAAGUGCGUCAGUUGAGAGAUGACACUGCGCAGUUAUUGUUGAAUCAUACUUCUUUACAGACGCAGUGGAGGAGGAAACAAAGUGACAUGGAUGAUGCAUUGUCCCCGUGGGGGCCUCGACAAAUGUAUCAGCGGUUACUGUCGAGUAUAAAUGAACAGGAAGCGUUAUUGAGAGCUAUGCACGAAAGUUUCCUGGAAGGCUCAAACGACGAUGACGCAUAUUACGGGGGUGGAAAUGGGAAGGCGACUGAAAAAGAGGUAACCGAGUGGGUUCGAAGAAUCAAGGAAGGCGCUACGACGCUAGAAAAAAGAAGAGAAAUGCGAGCAAGAUGGGAUGAAGGAAGAGUUGGUGGUUGGAGGUGA